CUUCUGCCAAAGUGGAAAUUAAAGCUCCUGGAAUUCAAGUUCAGACAAGUAAUCUUGAAGGAUCACAAUCUAAGUUUAAAAUGCCAACAUUCAAAUUACCCAAAUUUGGAGGUCCUACUCCACAGGCCAGUGUGGAAGUACCUGAUUUGGACAAAGACAUUCAAGUGGAAGGAGCAGAUUUACAAUUACCAGAAGCAAAAGCUGAAGUCAAACUUCCUGAUUUUGAAAUCAAAGAGGCUGUGGGUUCAAUUUCAGUAACACAGGUGACAAUGGCAGAGAGUGAUGAAAAGGUGAAAAAGACAAGCUGGACAUUGCCAAAAUUUUCAUUUUCAAAGACAAGCAUUAAGGGCUCUGAAGCUGAUGUCAACCUUGAUACCCCAAAAGUUGAUGUUACACUACCAGAGGCCGAAACAGAAAUACAUCCUCCAGAUAUUGACAUCAAAGAUUCCUCAAGUAUUUCAGUGGAGGGGGCACCUGCUACAGAACAUGAUGCCAAGUUGAAAAAGCCAAGGUUUUCAUUACCCAAAUUUUCAUUUUCAAAGCAAAGUACACCAGAGCUUGAAGUUGAUGUCAGUCUCCCAGAAGUUGAUGUUUCUCUACCAGAAGGAAUUCUGGAAGUCAAACCACCUGAAGUAGAGCUUGAGCCACCAGAAGGGGACGCAGAAUUAGAUGGGCAGGAAAGCAAGUUUAAAAUGCCAAAGUUUGGCAUUUCAGUGCCAAAAGUAAAAGAGCCUGUAAUCGAUUUGAGCUUAUCAAAGAAAGAUAUAGAUGUCAAACUCCCAGCGGCCAAAGCUGAAGUUCCGCUUCCAGAUGUUAAAAUAAAACAAACGUCUGCCAAAGUGGAAAUUAAAACUCCUGAAACUGAAGCUCAACCAGGUAAUGUUGAAGGAUCAGCCUUAAAAUUUAAAAUGCCAACAUUCACAUUACCCAAAUUUGGAGCUGCUACUCCAAAGGUCAGUGUGCAAGCACCUGAUGUGAACAAAGACAUUAAAAUUGACGGCGCAAAGCUGGAAGUACCUAAAGAGGGAGCUACAGUGGAUGUCGAGGCACCCAUCAUUGACACUAAAGGCCUAUCUCUAGAUGUGAAAGCUAAAGGAAGUGAACUCGAAGGAUCAAGAAGCAAGUCUAAAAUGCCACAUUUAGACAUCUCAGUGCCCGAAGUUAAAGGACCUGAAGUUGAUUUAAGUCUAUCAAAGAAAGGAGUAGAUUUCACAUUACCAGAAGCUAAAAGUGAGGUCACACUGCCUAGUGUUGAGGUCAAAGAACCUGAAGGUGCCAUUUCAGUGCCAGAUGAACCUACAGUUGAGGUUGAAGCCAAGUUGAAACGACCAACCUGGACAUUUCCAAAAUUUUCGUUUUCCAGAACAGGUGGUAAAUCCCCUGAUGUUGAUGUCAACCUUGAAACACCCAAAGAUGAUGUUACAUCACCAGAAGCCAAAACAGAAGUCUGUCUACCAGAUGUUGAAGUCAAAGGACCUUUGGGGGUUAUUUCAAUGGAAGAGCCACCUGCUGCAGAACUUGAUGCAAACUUGAAAAAACCUAAAUUUUCAUUACCUAGAUUUUCUUUUUCAAAGUCAAGUGUUACGGCACCCGAAGACAGCGCUGAGCCUCCACGUGUUGAUAUUUCUCUUCCAGAAGGAGAAGUAAAAAUCAAACAACCAGAUAUGGAAAUUAAAGCUCCUGAGCUUGAAGAGGAACUUGAUGUACAAGGAAGCAAGUUCAAAUUGUCAAAGUUUGGCAUUGCACUACCAAAAGCAAAAGGACCUGAAGUUGAUUUAAACGCAUCACAGAAAGAUGUAGACGUCACACUGCCAGAAGUUAAAGCAGAGGUCAAACUCCCUGAGGUUGAAGUCAAGGAAUCUUCAGCUAGUGUGGAGACUGAAGCAAAGUCAAAAGAUGUUGUAGGAUCACAAUUAAAAUUUAAAAUGCCGACACUGAAAAUGCCGAAAUUUGGAGGUGCUACCUAUGAUGUCACUGUAGAAGCACCUGAUGCAGACAAAGUGGAAGCUGAUGGAGCUAAAGUUAAGGAGGAUGUUACUCUCAGUAUCAAGGCUCCAGCUGUUGCUAUUAAAACCGAUACACCCAAAGCAGCAAUAUUGGAUUCUGAAACGCCAAAGACUGAGACUGAUGGCUUGGGUCAUAUAUCUCCAAGUAAAUUCAAACUGCCAUUAUUUAAAAUCCCGAAGCUGAGUUUCUCAAGACCCAAACCUGAAGAUGAGUGUGCCCCUGGUGAUAAUGAAUGCAAAGAAGAUCAGGCAGAUAUAGAAGUCAAGCCGGAAGAAGACUCUAAAUCACCAAAGUUGACUUUGACAUCAUUUGGUGAGAUCCUCAAGAAUAUUGAUGUGGAAUUUGAUGUUUCAAAAACAGAGAAAGUGGUAGAAAACCUUGAAACCUUAAACAAAGUUCCUGAAACAAGUGAACCCAGUGAAAAGAAGUCAGAGGCAAAGGAAAAGGAGACAAAAACCAAGCAAGAUACAACCAAAAGUCCUGAGAGGACAGGUUGGUUUAAAUUCCCCAAAUUUGGACUGUCCUCCCCAUCAGAACCUGCCAAGAUUUCUGAAAAAGACAAGUGCAAGGAUGAAAAGAGCCCAGUAGCGGAAACAGGGGAUGAAGAAAUAAGCCCCACCUGUUCUAUCCAGUCAUCAGAUGCCUUUGCUGAUAUUAGCUCUACAAUGACAAGUGAGCAUGUUGGCCUGUCCUUAUCCUCUCCAACCAAGGUCACUGUGAAGUACUCUGAUCCUGAUGCUACUACAGGGCACAGAGAGCUACACAGCAACAUCAUUACUUCCACCACGAGGACUGGAAUGAUCUCGGUUGAGCCCAAUUUGCCCGAGAAAAUCACCAUUCUGUCACCUGGAGUUUCGUCUUCAUCAGAAGACACACUCAGACUGGAUUCUGGAAAAAUACAUGUCGUUACAUCAAAUAUACAAGCAACUCCAGAAUCACAUCAUGCCAAGUUACUAACUGCUGUCCAAGUCCAAUCAGCUGGAGGCUCCCCCCUGAAAUCAGAGGCUAACGAAGCUGCGUCGUGGACUGUUGAAGAUUCACAAAGCGGCAAGAGAACGGUCUUUGAGAGGCACUUGGUCAGGCAGACAUCAAGCGAAAGAAGUGAAAGCAAAGAAACAAUCGUUGUGACGAAACAUAUUACACACAUAUUUGACUCUUCUGAGCCCAUCUCAGGUGAGACAGCCUCAUCCAUACAACGACUGAAAGACUCUGUGCACUCUGACAAAAUGAGGUUCUUUGAUGGAGCUAAGAAGUGAGUUGAAGUUUAACUUACCAAUCAUAGGAAAGAAUUUAUUAGUCCUCAGGUGUUAACUUCGAUCUCUGGUGUUAAUAAGCUUGUAACCGAGUGCCCUUACUGCAUAUUAUGACAGGGCUUCAACAAAUAUCUUUGCUUAUGGUACAGAACUAAAUUAAGCCAUGUCUUUUGCUUAUCAAACCUUAUCAACCUCUUUGUGGUUUCAUAGUUUUUAAUGUACAAUUUUGAUCCGAGUCACUCGUGCUCUUAUUAAUCCGAUGAAAACCAACAGUGCAUUUCAUUUACCAACGGUUGAUGCAAAAAUCUGAACAAGACUGCUGCAAAAAUCGAUCAAUGUUACUGACAUUCCAUAAUAUUUUUUACAAUAAUUUACACUGUAAAGUACAGAGUAGGGAACGCCUUAAAUACCAUAGUGCAGUAUGUAUGCCACAAAAAGGAAUAUGCACAUGUAUCACCAAGAUAUUCUUGUUGCUGUAGCUAAAAUGUAAAGAAACAAUAGCAAUGCAAAGCUGAAAUGACACGCUUACGAUCAAACACGACAAGUGUUACUGCUGCAACCAUAUUUUUAGUAAUACUUUGCUACUCAGAACCUAAUUUGCUACUAUAAAAUUAUCACAUCCUAUUUUCUUUCAAUAUCACUGUACAAAGUGGAAAUAUUGAACAGGCUGUGUAAAUAGCUUUUAUUGACCUCUGGAGUUUUAUUUGAUUACUGCUCCUGUUUGUAUCCUAAUAGGCUUUAACUCAACGUGUUUGCACAGUUAUACACAAU